CACCAUUAUAAACACGCGUGAACUUUGUGUUGGGAAGAACUGACUUAACCUUAACAGAUUUAUAUACAUUGUUUUACAUUUAAAUAGUGACAAUGGCGAGGAGCUCAGGGACAGUUUCAGCUCUCAAAGAUUUAGGGUACCCGGGCAGCGCGUGCCUCUCGCGGUGUCGGUGUGAUGAGCUCCCCUGCCCGCUGCUCACCUGGCUGACCACCCAGCUCACGGCUCUUCGUCCGGAGCUACAAGACUCGAGCAGAACAAGUGACGUCUUGCUGGUGAGGGAGUUGAGGACCCUGCUGUCAAACAUGUUGUCUCCCCUCACUGUGUUGACGUCAGAGGUGCUGGAGCCCUCCAUUCUCAACAAAGUCACCGAGUUCCUCGUAGCAGAAUUGCAAGCGGCUCACAUAACGAGGCGUAAGGACUCGCAUCCCGAGGAGAAAACGACGGGAGACGAGUCUGAAAAAGAGCAGCGAGUGAGAGACCGCAGCCGUGAACCGGCCGAGUUCGGUGAGGAAGACGAAGAUGACGACGCCAAAGACAGGAGGAAGGCGGAGAUGCAGGCGGAAUGGAUUCUGCUGCUGCACGCCCUGGACAUGGACGCCUCCUCACAUUUUACAGACGUUUCAAGUGAAGUGGAGUCGAGGCUCACUCGUCUCCCGUGUGGAAACAUGACAAACCCGCUUCUCAACAACAGCCUCAGCUCGGAGCAGUGGGUGCAAGUUAAAAAGAUCAAUCAACUUCUGUCCGAGGACUAUCGCUGCCGGCGACAAAUGAUGAUCAAACGCUUUCAGGUGACACUCGAGUCGUUUGCGUGGGGAGAAAAACAAAAGGAGCGCAGUGAAGCUCUGGCCUCGGUGCCUCCUCUGUCCUCCCUCUCCGGCUCCUCCCGAGUGUCCUCUUCUCUUCUGAUUGCCGCCAGAGAGGAUAAGUUCCUCAUGGAGCCCAUCAGGGCUGGAACAAGCACCCCCGUCUACAAGAUGUUGAUGGGCAGCGUACCAGACAGAGGAGGGCGACCAGGAGAGCUGGAGGCUCCUAUGCCGGCGUGGAGCAAUCAAAGAUCGAAAGGAAACCGAUCAGGACGAGGAGGUGGACAACAUCAACAACAUCGGUUUGCUGACAAGAAGAAGAAAGGGAAAAAUGAGAAAUGAGUCUUUCUCUUACUGCUUAAUUUGAGAAAUAAGUGAUAAUUUUUCUUUAUUGAAAUUUGUGUUCUGAAAUAAUACAUGUCGAUGGAUUGCUACAUAUGUUAUCGUUGUUUUGCUUCUCAUCGCUAUAAUGUACUGGUAUUUUACCAGAUAUUUUUGUUGGGGAAAAUGAUUACUUUACUCUUUUAAAGGAAUAACACUGUUUUUGUAUGAGUUGGCACUUUGCACAUUUAUAUGUAUGUUUGUUUUGCUGAAGAAUAAACCUAGGAAACAAAGAAA